GACGCUUCUGCACCCUCCUCCUUGAGCCUCUUCGAACCCCCUUGCUACCGGACGCUCAGCCCUCUGCGCCCGCCUUCUCCUCCCGGCCGUGUCCGCGAGGAUAAGGAAUCGCAUCGUAUGCCCGCUAUCCAGAACCUCCAGUCUUUCGACCCCUUUGCUGAUGCCAGUAAGGGUGAUGACCAGCUUCCCGCGGGGACCGAGGAUUAUAUCCAUAUAAGAAUUCAACAGCGCAACGGCAGGAAGACCCUCACCACUGUCCAAGGGAUCGCCGAUGACUACGACAAAAAGAAACUGGUGAAGGCCUUUAAGAAGAAAUUUGCUUGCAAUGGCACUGUGAUUGAGCAUCCAGAAUAUGGAGAAGUGAUUCAACUCCAGGGCGACCAGCGCAAGCACAUAUGCCAGUUCCUUGUAGAGAUCGGACUGGCAAAGGACGACCAGCUGAAGGUUCAUGGGUUUUAAGUGCUUGUGCCUCACUGACGCUUAAGUGAGGGUUUCCUUGCAAUGAGUAGGAAAUUCCCCUUUUGUCCCUUGUCCCAAGUGUAAAACCUCAGAGUUUGUACCCCAGAGGGUGAGUCAAAAAGUAUUACUCCUUGAGUUCCAGUUCCAUCAUACAGACGUGUUUAAACUUGUCUGCACAAUCAGUGGGUGACAGCGGACAGGUCCUCUCAGUAAUACCCUUAGUCUCUUUAGGGUACCCUCAAAAAAAAAAGCACGCUGGUUGUACAAUGGAAAAAAGCAAUCUUGAGAUUAGGGCUAACAUCAAAUUUUUAACAAAGCUCAAGUGGUCUUCUUCCCAAAUCAUUGAAGCUUUACAUCAAGUGUACGGGAAUGCCACUCCACAUAAAACAACCAUUUUUCGAUGGAUCAAGCGUUUCAAAGAAGGCCGGGAAGACCUCAAAGAUGAGCCAAGAGAAGGAAGACCGUUGACCUCGACCAAUGAAGAGACCGUGGCUGAAGUCCAAAAGCUGCUGGAGGAGGAUCACAGAAUCACCAUUGAUGCCAUCGCUACCGAGGUCGGGAUCUCACACGGCUCGGCCUUUUCCAUCUUAAACGUCCAUCUGGGCCGCAGCAAGCUGUCGGCUGGGUGGGUGCCGAAAACAUUCCGCGAGGAGCAGCGAGGUCCAAGGGCUGAUCUUGCCCUCAAUCUUUCAAGCAAGAUGGAAGCCAGUGAAGACAAGUUCAUGGAACAAAUCGUAACCGGGGACGACGCUUGGAUUUACCAAAUUGAUCCUGAGAGCAAAGUCACAACAAAAUAGUGGCUUCUGAGGGAAUCCGCUGGGCCAGUUAAAAUUGAAGACAGGUGGCUCCGAAGGUAAAGGUGACUGCUAUUCAGGAUUCCACAGAGUAGCCUUGAUCGAUUUUCUUGACACAAGUGAUCGUGGGGAGCUUGUAAGGCAGAUCUGAUAGAAUGAUGAACACUGCGUUGGUGAAGAAAGGGCCAGGGAAGUUGUGUCAGGGAGCGUUUUGCAUCAGCGCACCUGCUCGUUUUUUGAGGGUAGCGGGGUCUGUCCUAGUAGAAGUGUGUUCCUUACCCAUCUACCCUAUAGCCCCAUUCUUCCGCGGAUUUCUUUGCUUGUUUCCCAAUCUGAAAGAACGUUGAAACAACCCAAUUUGAGUCCCAUGAUGUCCAAACUGCUUUGGUGUGGUAUAAAUCAAAAAGGGCAGAAGUCUUGGGGGAAGGGUUGGAACGAUGGAAACUGCAAAUGUGUGCAAACCUGGAUGUAAAUGGUUAAAAAAAUAGAGCUUCCCGUUUUGAUAUUUUUGUUUAUUAAUAAAAGUAUCCUGAUUUUUCAGCAGUA